UGAUCAGAACCAGUUUUACGCUUCACAGAUAACCCCGCAAGCAGCAAAGUUUCCUUGUCCCGACAUAACCAUAAAGACCCCCGAAACUUGGGUUAACUGCGGUUAAACUGUCUAUACCGAACACCGUCAUCCACGGUCGCAGAGCGUGCUUGUGUCGAGCCCCUCUUAGUCAUCAGACUUUUUCGCGAGGCCAGCGUCUCUCGCAGUAGCUGCCUGGCUGGACUCUCGGCGCAGACAUGAACUUCGCUUUGACCCGCUUCUUCCUCCAUCUGGGGUUUUCCUGCGAAAAGCCCCGGAACAGCAGAAGCUAUGGCUUCCUUCUCUUAAAUGCCAAGAAAAGGGCAUUUUCUUCCGCUGCUAUCCCUCUAGCGCAGAAGACGGGUGAAGAGCUUUUGGUGGUGGUUGGAGGUGGAGCAGCCGGAGUUUAUGGAGCAAUCAGAGCCAAGAUGGUCGCGCCUCAUCUUAAUGUCUUGGUCAUUGAAAAAGGGAAGAUUUUGUCAAAGGUGAAAAUAUCUGGCGGAGGUCGUUGCAACGUGACGAAUGGGCAAUGCACAGAAAACCUGGUUUUGGCAGAACAUUACCCUAGGGGUCACAGAGAAUUAAGAGGAUCUUUUUUCAGCAUGCAUGGCCCAACGGACACAAUCACCUGGUUUUCUGAACAUGGUGUCGAACUCAAGACAGAGGACGAUGGAAGGGUUUUUCCUAUUAGUGAUAGUUCAUCUUCGAUAAUUGACUGUCUUCUGUCUGAAGCCAAGCGAAAAGGAGUUCUAAUACAGACUGGCAAAGUUGUCACCAGUGCUUCUAGAGAUGUUGAUGGGAACUUUCAGGUCAAGAUUGAGAAGCGUACGACUAACUAUAUGGAAAAUCUCAAAGCUGACUAUCUGCUGAUAGCCAGUGGGAGCAGCCGUCAGGGUUAUGUCUUAGCUACUCAGCUUGGUCAUUCUAUUGUGGAUCCGGUUCCUAGCUUAUUCACUUUUAAAAUUGAGGAUUCACGGCUAGCUGAGUUAUCUGGGGUCUCGUUCCCAAAAGUUCGGGUGAAGCUGACACUAGAAAAUGUUCAGACGAACAUACCCCAACUUACGCAGGUUGGACCCAUGUUAGUUACACACUGGGGACUCAGUGGUCCUGCAAUUUUAAAACUGUCUGCUUGGGGAGCUCGUCUUCUUUUUAGCUUAGAUUAUGAAGGAGAUCUUUUUGUAGAUUUUGUACCAGAUAUUAAAAUGGAAGAUUUGAAGUCCAUCCUAAUGAAACAAAAGCAUCAGUUUACGAAACAAAAGCUGCUCAAUGCUUGUCCUUUAGAAUUUGGCAUUGUGAAGAGAUUUUGGAAAUAUGUAUUGGAUCGUGAGGGUGUGGAUGCAGAUAUUCUCUGGGCUUCCAUUUCAAAUAAUUCGUUGAUUGGUAUUGCUUCUCUGUUAAAGCACUGUAAGUUUCGGGUAAUGGGAAAGGGCCAAUUCAAGGAUGAAUUUGUCACUGCUGGAGGUGUCCCCCUCUCCGAGAUCUCACUUAGUACGAUGGAAAGCAAGAUACAACCCCAUCUGUUUUUUGCCGGCGAGGUGCUGAAUGUUGAUGGUGUUACUGGUGGUUUCAAUUUUCAGAAUGCAUGGUCUGGUGGAUAUAUUGCGGGAACGAGCAUCGGCAAGCUGGCACUUGAUGCUAAGAUGGAGACGGAAGUUGAACAUGGCACGGAAGUCAAACAUAGGACGACACUAAGCUGAACCUCCAAUGGUCAGGUUCACAAAGCAAUUUCAACAGUACAUGUGUGGCAUACGAACUUCUCAGUUGCAGUCUUAGGCUUAAGACCUUGCAAGUGUAGAAUCCCUCUAAAAGGAAAAAAAAAGGGGUUUAUUCUCCUGCUAAACUCCUCAUCGUAGCCUGAAAUGGAAUCCGACAUGCACCCCAUGAUUCGUA